GUUCUAUUUAGCAGGGGCCCAUUAAAAGAAACCCAUAACUUAAGUGUUGAUACUCCGACUCUUCUCUUCUGUCCAUAUGGUCUACUCUUGGGUAAAAAUGUAUCUGAGUAGAGCUACCUGCAUUCCUCCAUAACACCUUGGAUGAUAUACCCGACGUUGUUGACGAGGAUGUCAAUCAGACCGAUGAUGGACUCGACAUUGCCGACGACGGCUUGGAUUUCGACUUCAUCGCGAACUUCGAGCUUGGUGGGCAUGAUGCUGUAUUCCUUCAGGUCCGACUUGGACGAGUCGCGAGAUGUUACCGCGACCUUGUCGCCGUUUGAUGCAGUUGUGAUAGUCAACGGCCGAAAUGAACCAGAUGCGAGGCAUGGUGCGAAGCCUGAUGAGUUGGCGCUAAGGAUUACAAGGAUAAGGAACUGGAGAUACAAUAUGUUAUUAGUUCACCAUGGGGACUCUAUGAGGCAUAUGUAGCAUGUCGCAUUCGUAGCUGGCCUAAUAGAUGGAUUCGGUAUACCUCAAAUGUUCUGUUUUAGGAUUUUUCUCAGAGUCGGAUCGAACCAU